AUGCCUUCGUUCAAGAGCACCUUCUUCGCGGUGGCCGCGGCAUUCGUCGCCACCGCCCACGCCGACUACGUUAUCGACCCCAGCAGUGUUUCUCUGUCCACAAGGAAAAGCUGGUGCCAGGACCAGACGUACUCGUGCCCCGUCAUCUGCCAAGAGGUCUCCUCCGACCCCGUCGAGGUGAACACGUGUGACCCUGCAUCGCUCACCUAUGGCUGCGUCUGCGGCAAUGGCAACCAGCCCAACAUGUCCGAGUACUCCUUGACGCUGCCCUUCCACGUCUGCCAGGAGUUCGGCAACCAAUGCGUGGCCGACUGCGGCAUCGGCUCCAACACGUGCGCCAGCAACUGCCGCGACAACAACCCCUGCGGCGCCCAGAACCCCACCCGCGUGAACGUCACCUCGACCGCUUCGGCCUCCGCUUCGGCCACCGAGUCGCCCAACGCCGUCUUCUCCGGCAUCCCCGGCUCGUCGCCGGCCGCCGCCGCCUCCGGUUCCAGCGCCGCCGCCGCCCUGGAAAUGGGUCGCGGCGCCGGACUGGCCGUCCUCGUCGGUGGUGUGGUUGGCGGCCUCGCUUUCCUGCUUUAA